GUUACGUAAUACUUUCGGCCGCGGCGGUGGGCAGGAGCAGACAGCUACUAGCGGCUCGCACAGAAACAGCAUCAUGGCAGCGGAGUGCGAUGUGCUGUGUGAAAUUGAGGUGCUGCAGUCGAUCUACCUGGACGAGCUGCUGGUCAACAGGAGAGAGGACGGGGGCUUUGAGGUGAGUCUGGUCCUGUACCCGUCCACUGCGGAGGACUCUGUCUCCCAAUUUGUCCGACUCACCCUGACUUUGACCCUCGACCAGCAGUAUCCGUCAUCUUCUCCGGUCAUCUCCAUUCAUAACCCGCGGGGUCUUUCUGAUGACAAGCUCAGCAGUGUCCAGAAGUGUCUUCAGUUGGAGGCUCAGUCCUGUCUGGGUUCACCUGUGUUGUAUCAGCUCAUUGAGAAAGCAAAAGAAAUCCUGACUGAGAGCAAUAUUCCUCAUGGAAACUGUGUCAUCUGCCUCUAUGGCUUUAAGGAGGGAGAGACGUUCACCAAGACGAGCUGCUACCACUACUUCCACUGUCACUGCCUCGGUCGCUACGUCAGCCACUCUGAGAGCGAGCUCCGCCAGAGGGAGAAGGAGCUGGAGGAGGACAAGACCAGAGACAGGACAGACUAUCAGGAGCUGACUGUGGUGUGUCCGGUGUGCAGAGAGCCUCUAACGUAUGAUGUUGAUCAGCUUCUGUCGUCCCCUGCACCCCAGCUGCCCGAGCUGGACGAAGCAGCGAUUGGUUCAAACUUUCAACAGAAGUGGUGUGAACUCCAGAAGCUUUUGGAAAGGCAGAGGUCUAAGGGAGGGAUCAUUGACCCAGAGGUGGAAUCAAAUCGCUUUCUCAUCCAUAUCAACGAGACUCCAUCUGUGGCUGAAAACGGAAACCUGGAUGCAGAUGUUUCUCCUGACCCCCCGGUACCCUCUGCUUCUAACGUUUCCUCUGAUGAAACUGGUGUCAGAGCGGACCGGUUUGUUCCUGGACUGUCCCACUGCAGAGGGGGUCAGGGCCAGAGGCGCCAGAACCAGGCGAGGGGGAGGAGAGGAGGCAGGUCCAGACCACAUCACAGGAGAGCCACCCCCAUCACAGAGCACCUGGACAAACUCUCUCUGUCCUCACACUACACUGAAGGACCAGUAAUAGCCAAAACUGAGGGUAGCCACGGCCAACAGAUGCUAGAACAUGGAGAAUUAUCUCAGUCCAAGACAGGCAGGGACGUCUACGCCGAGCAGACUCUGGUGUCUCCAGACGAUCAGCCGACGUGCCAUGCAGCCGUGGAAACUGAAGGCCCAGAAGAUGCCGCAGGUGGUCGUGGUCAUCGUGGAAGGAGAAGGGGUCCUCACCGAUACGUCCCGCACAUGGGGGCUGCUCACUACCACUGGGACGGGCGAGCUUCAAGAAGCAGGGGAGGGGCCAAUAACCUGUACAGCAGAGGAGGAGGGGGGCCCCGCCGGGGUCACGGCAGGGGCUUCCAACACAAGGUGGAGGAGAGGGAAAGAGAGGAGGUACUAUGACAAAGGGCAACAGGAGGGCCAAUGAACAAACGUGUGUGUGCCUCCAUUAUCAGUUUGCAUAGAUUAAAGCCCUGCACCAGAAGUGACAUUCACCGUAGUAUCAUAUCCUCCUCUACGUCGCCAGUAUCCUCUUCUCUGGUAUGCACUUUCACGCACACUAAUAUCAGACACAGAUGGUUGUUGCUUUUUGUUGUGAUGCAAUAUGAAUUCAAAGAAUUACAAAUUAAAUUUUCUCUGGAUCUCA